AUGUUUCUCAAGGCUCUCUUCGCAGUUCUCCUUUUGCUGACUUCGGUCAGCGCCACCGCCAAACCUCAUAGAUUUGCAGAAAGGCAGGAAGGAGCUUCAAAGAUUCAACCUGCCAACGAAGAUGAACUUUGUGUUACCGUCAUGCGCGGUGGAGCCGUCGUAGGAGCUCCUAUUCAAAUUUCCACAUGUUUCGAUGAUUCCGACCCAUACGCCCAUUUGCAGAGGUUUACAUGUUCCGAAGAGGAUCAAGGAGGCUUCUUAUCUAUUGCUUUGGAGUGCGAUCCGAAUCUCUGUAUCGAUAGAGGAAGCGAUGAUUCCGAUGAUGGAAGUGGUCUGCAGCUUCAGGAAUGUACGGGCGGUACUACCUCGGCUCAAAAUUGGAAACAUGUCGAUCAGCAGAUCUUUUCAUACUUUGAUGGUACUCAGAAAUGCUUGGAUGUCCAAGAAGGGUCCGAACAUUAUCAAGGAGCAGGCGAGCCCUACGCCAGUGAGAAGUCUUUGCAGACUUGGCCCUGUUUCGAGGGUAAUACCAAUCAGAUGUGGAAACUGAGUCAAGCUUGA